AAAAGCAUUCCCUGCUCUAUAAAUAUGAACCUGCCUCUUGAUUUCAUCUUUCACAUAAAAACUGAAAACUUUUCUCCACACUACAGAAACAAUGCCUAAAGCAACAUUUUCCCUUCCUAUUCCCCAACUUGUUCUUCUGUUUUUGUUCUUCAUUUCAGGAGGAGUUCUGAAGCCUGCAAAUGCACAGGGCAAAACCUGGUGCGUGGCAAAGCCAUCAUCAAGUGAUUCUGAAUUGGCUGCAAAUAUUGAGUAUGCUUGCAAUCACAUCAAUGGUUGUGGGUGCGAUGUCAUCAAAGAAGGCGGCCCUUGCUUCUUGCCCAAUACCCUCCUGAACCAUGCAUCAGUGGCCAUGAAUCUCUACUACCAAUUCAAUGGCAGAAACACCUGGAACUGUGACUACAAGGGCUCUGCUCUCACCACUACAACCGAUCCAAGCUAUGGCCCUUGUCAGUAUGCUUAGCGCUCUCUAGUAUGCAAGAUGUUGAAGUGGCUUUCUAAAGUUGUUCUUCUUUGUUUCCAUGAUUUUCUUUUUCCAUGAACUAUAUAUCUUUUAGAGAAAAUUAACUAUAGGUAUUACAUAUCUGGUUUGCAGUCUCUGGUAAUUUACUGUAAAUAAUAAAUGUGGAGUAGUUCUUUGUGUU